AUGACCGUCCCACUACCAACUCCGUCGAACCCCAAGUCUGAUGCGGCUGCUGUGCGCAAGCGGAGGAGACGUGCGCCUGCAGGUGGUGCUGCGGAUGAUUGCUUUACCUGUACCAAGAGGGGCGUCAAGUGUGACCGCAGGAGGCCCUACUGCUCGCAGUGCUUGGAAGUCGGAAACGAGUGCUCCGGAUACAAGACCCAGCUGACCUGGGGCGUGGGUGUGGCCAGUCGUGGGAAGCUCCGCGGCCUCUCGCUACCGAUCGCCAAGUCGCCCCCGGUCAAUCCUGUCAAGAAGAGCUCCCCCAGGGCGCGGGCGAACUCGAGCAUUACCAGCAGCACCGCAGGACAUGGACAUGCGGCGAGCGCUGGCCACUGGCACGAGCAACAAGAGUCUCUCUCGCCCCAGAGUGUCCGCAGCGACAUAGACGGGCCUGUGGAGCACCACCGCUAUGCUACUUCCAUGCCUGCCACUCCGUUUCACGGUCUCGAUCUCUCCAAGAUCACACACGCAGAGCCUACGCCUCCUAUGCCAGCGGUCCCCAGCCACUGGCACGGCGUGCCCUACGCGACCAGCCUGCCAGGGGAAGGUCUUCGCUUCCCCAAGCUGGGCCCAAUCCUCGUCCACGGACCUCCUGAGCCGCUCGCCUCGUCCAUCGAGUCGCUGAGUGAUGCAGACUACCUGUCACCGCUGAGCAACACCUUCUCGAGGGAUGAUCUGCCCUUCGUCACCAGCCCCACGCACAUCUACGCUGAGAGCUACAACAGCGCCAACUCGCCCGUGCCCCAGAGCCCGGUAUCAUCCAUGAUGAUGGACCACGGCCGCGCGCCCACCUCGUGCCCCAGCCUGGUGUACGCGCCCUCUGAGCCCAGCUCGAGCAUCCACUCUCACAUGGACGGCUUUGAAGCCCACUUGAACACCCGCCUGAUGGAUUACGAACCACUUGCAACUCCUGGUUUGGACGCCUACAGCACAAGCGCCCAAUCUGAGAGGCACUUUUGGGCUUCGCCGGAAGAGGACAAGGUUUCGCCCCGUGGUAGUGGUGGCCUCCCAGAGCACUCACUUCCCUGGUCGUCGGUCAUGGAUCAACAGCCGGUGCUACCGGUCAACCAGGAUCUGAUCGCCAAAAUCCCUUUCUUUAUGGACUAUUAUGAAAAUACCAUGUGCCCAGGGAUGGUGUUCAUCGAUGGGCCGCACAAUCCUUUCAGGGAACAUAUCAUCGCCCUUGCCACAGGCAGCCGGAGCCUGCAGCAUGCCAUCUGUGCGCUUGCUGCAUGCAAUCUACGGAUGAAGAGGAAGCUGAGCCUGGCGCACGGCCAGGAUGAGAAGGAUGUCCACAACAGCAACAACAACAACAAUAACAAUAACAACAUGUCUCCACAGGCAGCGGAGAUUCAGAGCGACGACAGGACGCUCUCGGAGGAAUACCAGCACCGCAAUCUCGCUGUCAACCUGCUCAACGAGCAGCUGAACGACCCGACCAAGGCACGGGGCGAUGCCGUUCUCGCCACGAUCCUGCUCCUUUGCCACUACCGGAUGGCGGAGUCUGGGAUUGCCAAGUUCCAUACCCAGUUCGCCGGUGUGAAGAAGAUUCUAGGCAUGAGGCGUUCAUCCCCUUUCCCCCCUUCCAGAGACUCUGCGUGGAUGGAGGCCCUCUUCACCUACUUUGACGCCAUCUCGGCGAGCAUCAAUGACCGCGAGGCCCAGCUCAACACCUCCUUUUACGGCGUCAUGCCGGAUGCCCAACUCCUCCCUCCCGGCGCAGAGAACCUCGUGGGCUGCGACCGCGAGCUCUUCAAGACGAUUGUCAAGCUGGGCAGGCUUAACCUCCUGUCUCAGCACCGGCCGGUGCAGAACCUCCUCACAACCGCCCCACCGCGCGGCGUGCCAUCGCGCUCUCAGUCGCCGCUUGAGCUGCCUCUCGGCCAUGUCUACAAGACACAACACCAGCACCACCUCAGCGCCGAUAUGUUCAGCAGCAAGCCUCAGCAGCAGCAGCAGCAGCACCACCACCACCACCACCAGUACGACAGCAUGUUUGGCCCGCCUCUCGAGGAGGAGCACGUUCUCUCCCCCCUGAUGACCUCGCCCUCCUCGGCCUAUGACGACCACCGCUCGACGUUCUGGCGCGAGUGGAAAGACGCACGCAUCGCUCUGCAGUCCUGGGAGUUUGACGCGCAGCGUGUGCUCGCAGCGCUCCCCGCGGGGUUGGCAGCCACGCCGGCCCAGGUGCGCGACUUGGGCUCGCUGUCUGAGGCAUUCCGGUACGCGGCGCUCUUGUACACGGAGCGUCUGGCCAGCCCCAACGUGUCGAGUGCGCACAACAACUUCCGCAAUCUCGUCAGUCAGGUUGUGUACUACGCGACGAGUCUCGAGGCGGGCUCGUCGGCCGAGAAGUUCCUCUUGUGGCCUCUGUUCGUCGCAGGCUCCGAGUGCGUCAACGAGAUGCAGCAGGGCAUGGUCCGGUCCAAGUGUCGGGAGAUCAUGGCCCGGUCGGGCUACAUGAACAACCUCUCUGCACUGGACGUGCUCGAGAGGAUCUGGGCGGGUGAGGGCCGGGAUGGCCAACAGGAGAGCAAGCUGGGCAGCCUGGUCAGGCGGGCCCCUUUCAGCUGGACAAGGUGCAUCGGCGGGCCUGGUGUCGAGGUCGAGUGGAUCAUGUUCUGA